GUGUGUGUGAGCGCUACAGAGAGAGAGAGAGAGAGAGAGAGAGAGAGAGAGAGAGAGGAGAGAGAGAACAGUCUCCGUUGUCUCAGAGGUUGAAGGAUCAAUAGAGAGGCUUGUUGUGGCGGUUGUGAUUCUGUUCCAUCUGUGUGUCGGAGCUGCAUGGUGUUAGAAGGAGGAAUCCUAGUUCCCACAGACCUAUUCCAGCAUGCUCACAGACCCUGAGCUACCUCAGGAGUUUAACAGGAUGUCUUCCAAGCGACCAAUCUCUCCAUAUGGGGGGACAGAUGGAGAAGUAGUCAUGGCAACCAGCAGACAGAGACUGGAAGAGGAAGAGAGAGAUGACGGACAGGCUGUCAUGCACCUCCCCCUGACUCCCUACUGCAGCAAGGUGUCCCCCCUCUCUCCCCGCCCCCUGGACAGCCCCCCCACCCUGCACAGUGCCAUGGACCAGGAUGGCAGUAAGCAUUGGUCUCUGAGCCCCUACCCCCAGCACAACUCCUCUACCUCUCCAGGCAGUAAGCAGCAGGUGGAGGAGGGGGGUUCAGGGGCCGCAGCGCUGGGGACCCCAGAGAGACGUAAGGGCAGCCUGGCUGACGUGGUGGACACACUGAAACAGAGGAAGAUGGAGGAGCUCAUCAAAAACGAACCAGAAGAAGCCCCCAGCAUUGAGAGGCUGUUGUCUAAGGACUGGAAGGACAAGCUGUUGGCCAUGGGAUCAGGACAUUUUGGAGAAAUCAAAGGUACCUCAGAAAGCCUGGCAGAGAAGGAGCGCCAGCUGAUGGGCAUGAUCAGCCAGCUGAGCAGCCUGAGGGAGCAGCUCCUGGCGGCCCAGGAUGAGCAGAAGAAAGUGGCCGCCUCGCAGAUGGAGAAGCAGCGGCAGCAGAUGGAGCUGGCCAAGCAACAACAGGACCAGAUUGCUCGGCAACAGCAGCAGCUCCUGCAGCAGCAACACAAAAUCAACCUCCUGCAGCAACAGAUCCAGCAGGUCCAGGGGCAGCUGCCUCCGUUGAUGAUCCCAGUGUUCCCUCCAGACCAGAGGACUCUGGCUGUAGCUGCUGCCCAGCAAGGCUUCCUGCUGCCCCCCGGAUUCAACUACAAACCAGGCUGCAGUGACCCUUACCCUCUCCAGCUGGUACCUACUACCAUGGCAGCAGCUGCUGCCGCGGCAGCACCAGGCCUCGGUCAACUACAGCUCCAGGGACGGAGAGGGUCUGAAGUGGGGAUCGACAGGACUAUUGAACAGUUUGGAGUAGAUUCCAACUACAACAACCCAGCCUGGUGGUGCUUACAGCAGCUGUAUGCAGCUCAGCUGGCAGCGAUGCAGGUGUCUCCAGGGGCCAAACACAGCAGUAUGCCCCAGACCAACCUGAACACCCACUCUCCCACCAACACACACCAUGAGAAGAGCCGCAGCACCCCGCCGCCCAAACCCAAGGACGAGGGUGCUCAGCCCCUGAACCUGUCGUCCAAGCCUAAGACAGCAAGCGAGAGCAAGUCACCCACCUCCCCCGCUUCCCCACAGGUCCCCACCAUGAAGCUGGGCCACCAUAGCACCGGAUCCAUGAAACACAGCACAGCCCACUCCAGCGUCGGAGGACCACCGUCCAGAGUCAGCUCCAUAGACCUGCUGUCAUCCCUGUCCUCGGGGGGCUAUCUGAACGACCACGAGGCCGUGACCAAGGCCUUCGCUGAGGCCAGACAGAUGAAGGAGCAGCUGAAGAGAGAACAGCAGGUGUUGGAUGCCAAGGUGGCCGCCGUCAACAACCUCAGCCUGAACAACGGACGCUCCGACAAGGUCAGAUAUGACAAGGCAGCUCUGGAGAGUCUGAGCCACCAGCUGAAGCAGCAGUCAGAGGACAGAGAGAAGUUCAACCACACCAUGAUGGACUUCACCAUGAGUGGAGACUCAGAUGGCAGCCCCAGUGUUUCGGAUUCCAGGAUGUUCCGUGAGGCCCGGGGCCGAGGCAACAGCGAACCACACAUUAAACGACCCAUGAAUGCUUUCAUGGUCUGGGCAAAGGAUGAGAGGAGGAAGAUUCUCCAGGCUUUCCCUGACAUGCACAACUCCAACAUCAGCAAAAUCCUCGGUUCUCGUUGGAAGUCCAUGACUAACCUGGAGAAGCAGCCGUACUACGAGGAGCAGGCCAGGCUGAGCAAGCAGCACCUGGAGAAGUACCCUGACUACAAGUACAAACCCCGGCCCAAACGGACCUGUCUGGUGGACGGGAAGAAGCUGAGGAUUGGCGAGUACAAGGCCAUUAUGAGGAACCGCCGGCAGGAGAUGAGACAGUACUUCACUGUGGGACAACAGGCCCAGCUGCCCUUGUCCUCGGCGGGCGUGGUGUACCCAGGUGCCCUUUCCUUGGCAGGCUUGCCCUCCCCCCAGAUGCCCUCGGAGCACUCCUCACUGUCCAGCAGCCCCGAGCACGCCGCCCCACCCCUCCAGACCCCCUACCACCCCAGCCUCAAGGGAGACGAGACCCGAGUCAAACAGGAGCAGCUGCGAUUGGACGACAGCAAUGGUGAUGCGUACGACGACUUUGAUUAUGAGGACGAGGAGGGAGAUUAUGGAAGCGAUAACGACAACCACCAAUAAUCGGGACGCAGAGCCAAUCAGAAUCAGUUACCCAGCUUCUUGCUGGAAACAACCCUGUCCAUCCACCAAUCCUGAGAGACUAUCCGUCCCUUAUAUCCAAUCACAUCCAAUGUCACAAACCUCGCCCUCCUUUACCCCUUAACCAACAAGAACUCUGGAACCUCAGAGCCAAGCCCCUCCCAUUGGAAUCCCGAUACCAGCAACCGACCAAUCAAAUCAAACACAGGACCUGUCACUCACACUGACUGUUACACAGACUGGAGUCUAGGAGGAGACAAACUGAUUGCCGUGACUUCUGCUGAGUACUACACAGUACUACAGCGUACUAACAAAGUACUACAAGGUAUACUAGAGUAUUACUGCUGUGUACGCCAUAGAGGCAAGAUGAGAUAUACAUUAUGUCAUGAGUAAGCUACUAUAUGAGGAGAAAACACCGAAAAAACAACCUUUUAGACCAGUUUGACUUCAAAGAGACAUUUUUUUAAAACAGCAGGCCUGUCAGUUGAUUAAAGAGACACUUUAAAAUGGCCGACCUGUUUGUUUAUAAAAGAGACACUUUUAAAACAAGCUUUUUUUUUCUUGGUUCUAUGAUGUUCUCACUCAGGUACACGGUGCCAACAAGUGGCUUGUGAAUGUGAUUUGUUGUUUUUGUGCUACAGUUUUAAUAAUAGAUACAAAAUAGAAAUGUUUCCCUUUUCAUUGUAAAGCACCUGACAGAAGUCAAAGCAAAACUUUUAUUUAGAAUUCUUCUUCUUUCUUCAACUCAGUGUACUGUCAGCAGAUAUCCUCCCUCUGUGUGUGUGACUCCCCUUAUGAGAGUCAAAAUGGGACAGUCCAGUCAGGGCCACCGCCAUGUGUUGGACAGUGAGGACCGGCUCACUUCAGGGGACUAUGGGGGGAACAUCAGUCUCUCAUCAUGGGCCAGCUUGGACAGUACAGUGUGAUGAGACAAUCUCCCAGCAAUCCUCUUCUCUCCUUUUACACUCUUGUUCUUUUACCUUUUCUUUGGCUUUCUUUUAUUCUGAUCAUGAGGACUUUGGAAGGUACAAAGAAAGGUUUCUUUUAGAUAUGAAACACCCCCUUGUAUGUGUGUGAGAGUGUGUGUCAGCAAGCUCGCUGUGCAUGUGUGUGUGUUUAGUCUGUGUGAGCUGGUUUAGUCAUCACUAGGCACUAGAUCCCAGAACUCUGUCCCUUUCCAAGACAAACAGAAACACUGGAGUUUCCCCUGUGAGCCCCCAGAAAUUCAGUAUCCUGGUAUACAGAGACAGAGAAAGCCCUAUGGCUCUCUUGUACACUCACACACACACAUACCCAAGCCCCAGUUCCCCAAUUCGAAACCCCGCAACAACUCUACUCCGCUGCCAACUGAUCCAGCCAGCACCACAAGCGAACAGCUCUUACCCACAACCCAAACCCUCUCAUAAUACUCCCAAUUGAUAUAUCACACAAAGUUGGUGUGUAUUUUGUUCUAGAAGUUUGGUGGGUUCCUGUGGGCUCCUACUGGUAGUUUAGUUUGGCUAAAGCACAGGAGUCUCUGCUGUCUGUCCCCGUUCUGUCCCUCUCUCUGAGAGUCCCCCUCUAUGUCCCCCUGUAUCUGACUCUGUCCCCGUCCGUGUCCCCAAAACACGUCAUUCUGCUGUUCUUAUUGGGAGGAGCUGAUCAUUAUAUCAGCACGUCAGUGUUUCCUUUGUAUUUGAAUACUGUAUUUUAUUAUUUUUAUUCAAACUGCCUCUAGUGUAAUAAUAUUAUUAACAAUAAUUAUAAUGAUGGUCAGCAUUUCUUUCAAUUUGAGUAAGUUAUGUACAGUAUAAUUUAUUUUGGCCUCUUAUUGGGUUUAUUAUGACCAAUAUGAAACUUCUUCGGUCAAUGAAGCAUUAUUAUAUUUAGCUGGUUUAGAGUAUUUACAUCUAAUGUUGUCCUUUUAUUUCAUACUUUAUUUGUAAUUUUGCAUUUUUUAGUUCCUGUUUUUAUCUGUUCUGUUUGUUUAGUAUUAAUCCUAUAUGGACGCUGGGUGAGGAGGAGGAGCGACACAGACGGCAGCCAACGGGCGGCUGUCGCUCUUCGCCAAGGAGACUGGACUUUCUAUUCACUAACUCUCUCCCCAUCUGCGUCCCUCAGCUUGACAACGUAACCCUUUUAUGUCCAAACCCACUUCUAAAAGCACUCAAGACACUGUGUGGUCAGAGAAAAGAAGGUGAUUUUUUGGUUUCUUCGUAAUGGUUCAUGUAUAAUGUGAAGUUUCUUGGACUUUCUUUCUUUUUAUGAAGAUAAAAGAAAACGGUUAUAUUAUUCUAUUCUGUUUCCUCUGAACAAAGGAGCGAGACUCCCGUUUACUAGGGUUGCUAUUUACACUGAGAUGCCGUGGAACAUCGUUGAGGCUGGCGGACACAGAAACACACAGACACACAGACAUAGAGACACACAGACACAGAGACACAGAAACACACAGACACAGCAGACAAACACAAAUUAUUAGCAGACACAGUUGUGCAAAUGUAAUUUAACAAAAAAUCAAAUUAGGACAUGAUCAGAACACACACACACACACACACAUUUGCGACCCAUAGGAAAAUCAGUGUUUACUUUGCCUAUUCAACAAUGUUCUACAGCAUAACCUGACAUCCAGUAAGAUGACCUGUCAUAUCUAUGUGAUGCCAGAACUCUGGGGACUUUACUUUGUUUUAGCUCCACACUAUGACCGAGCCAUUAGCCAUGUCCACUCACUCUACAGGUGUGCUGACAGAUAGUGACCCAGCCCAGUCAUGCUUGCUGUAGAUGUUUACUCUGACACAAUCAAUCACAACCAUGCCUAUUGCCAGAUAGUGAGCCUCACAGUCAAUCAUGCGUGGCCAUACAGACAACCUCACAAUCAGGCCACGGUGAGACCUAACGCUGGAAAGGGUGUCCUGUAUUCUGGCUGGAAGCUGUAGGUUAGAUUAGUAGGCUAGACAGUGUGGGGAAAAGGAGGGGGUUACAAGUUACAAUCAUCCCAGCUUGCUAGGUCUGCCACAUACUGAGGUAUUAUACUGUACUAAGGGCCAGGAGUUUUGUGACCUGACCAUGUGACCUGACCAGGACAAACAUUGAGCUCUAGUUAUACUAAUGAAUAGAGUCCAACGUUUUUCAUGAGCAGGGUGACAGGAUGUUGGCCGACAGCAACGAUGAUGACCAUGAUCGCGAUGAAGAUGAUGAUAAUAAUAAUGAAGACAAUCAAAUGUCACGAGUGGAGCUCAAAACAAAGUCAGAGUUAGUCAAAAAAAAAAAAGAAACACGUAUCUGACCAUCUCAACUUGACAAAUGGAGAAAGAUAAUUAUGUACAUAUAACAUAGAGUUAUAGAUUUAUAUUUUGUUCAUAACACAGUGUAAUAUAAGUUGUAUAUUUCUUUUUCUCUUUUAUUGGUGUUAUUCAUGCUACAAUAAAAGCAGGAGUUGAUGUACUCUUACAACAAAAAAAAGAAGAAAAGUGACAAAUAAACAAAGGAAACAGCAAAAAAAGAGAGGCCGUGGGCUUGCCAUGCACCGUCUGUUCUGAGUUCACUUUUUUCAGUAUUAUUGCCAGUCGAGGCUUUAAUAAAAACAGCGAUGUGUUCUGUAAUGC